UCUCUCUCACCUCUCCUCCCUUCCUUCCGCCCACUGCCUCCCUCUCUCUGUCCCCGAUCCAGAUCGGCCCCUCCCUCACCGUUCGCGCCGCGCCCUCCUUCCCUCGCGUUGGCACCGGCGGCGCCCUCCUUCCUUUCUGUCACCGGCGGCGUCCUCCUUCCUUUCUGUCACCGGCCUCUCCCUCACCGCUCGCGCCGCGCCCUCCUUCCCUCGCGUUGGCACCGGCCGCGCCGUCCUUCCCUCGGAUCCAGUAGCAGCAUCAGCGAUGGCGGCCGCGGGAGGUCCUCUUCAAGGUCAAGCACGUCCAGGCCAAGCCUGCUGGCCGCCCUCGCGGGUGACUGCCUCCGCGGUGACAACGGCGACCUCGUCAUCCCUGGAGGCCGCGGCGCCCCUCAAGGCCGACCUCCGCCACGUGAGUGAUCCGUCGAUCUCGUCUCUCCAACAGUGUUCCGGAUGCACGCAUGAGUUCGACCUGGAAAAGCCGCCGGUGCUGCAGGAGGUGGCGGAUUUCUUCAGUGGCCACGGAAUCGAGGACUUCACCUUCAGCAGGGGCAGGCUGUCAGAAUGGCGUUGCCGGGCAAAGCUAGUGGUACGCGGAACACCAGAGAAACCACUGAUUGGCCUGUAUCGGGAAGGGACACAUACUGUUCAAGAUAUUCCCGAUUGCAGAGGUAGGACAGGAGGAACAGCGACAAGCGACGGGAUGAAGCCCGGCCAUGGAAACCCACCGCAGCCUUCAAGACCUCGACGGCGGUCGGUGCUAUGGGGAUCCUGAUCAACAUGCAGUUCCCGGGGCCGCAGAUCGACGCCGUCACCAACGACAACAUCGUCAUCAACGUCUUCAACAACCUGAUCUGAUAUUGUUCUGAGAUCCAGUGGCAUCUCCAUCCUCUUACAACUAAUAACAUUUUUUAACUUCUUUUGGCCGUGCUUUCGCUUUCACUACAGAUCAGAUCAGUGGUGAACGAAAGAAACAAGUGCACAACUAGUAUCAGUGGGCUUGUAUUUUUCUUGUGUAGCUGCUCUGCACUUGUUGUAGAGCAUAGCUUGCAUGAGUAUUUUUACCUGUUUUUGACCUCUCAUUUUGAAAUACAUCUAGCAGGUGUGGCUAGUACUCUAGUAUUCUCCUACAUAUAGCUAUAUAUGCAUCUAAAAGGGCAAGUACUUGGAUGACCUUCACAACAUCAUACUGGUUGUAAUAACUUUGCAUAAGACUCUGUAUUCGAAGACUUCUCGCAAUUUAUCAUGCAAUUCUAAACAAUAGCAUAUGUCUAUCUACCCUGCUGGGAAUUUUCACUUUAUAUAAAAAUUUGAGAGGCAAAUGCUGGGAGUUCCAGUCUUGUCUGAUGGCUAGGAACUCAACUCUGCUUCUUGUUGUUGGAGUUUCAGGCUUGUUGCAUAGUUCGUAGCUUCAAGUGUACUCUUGCUUCUAGCCACAGUGCACUACAAAUUAUUAUAGAAUUACAAAGUGUACACAACAUUGCACCUUACACAUUCUUCUCUUGUGAAAUCAAAUGCCAUGACUGGGCAUUCUUUUAUCAACUUGAUGUACACUUGCUCUGCUUUAGGCUACUGUAUAACUUGUGCCUUUUAACUUGAUGUACAUAGCAUGCAAUUUUUUACUGUAUCACAUUCACACAGGAUACUCUUAAUAUAGAGUUGUUUUCCGAGCUAGUUCUGUUUACUCUUAAUAUAGGUCUAUUUGUCACCAAUACUUGCCUGCUAUGCUAUAGUAGACCUUGUUCAUAUUUAUUAGCUAAGUUUGCUUAUCCUUGGUAUCUAUAUGCAUACCAUUUGUGUUUCAGGCUUUCUCUGAAAUGAAAUAAUAGGUCUAUUAGUCACCAAUACUUGAGUUAAUCUAACUCAUUACCUGUUAUGCUAUAGUAGGCCUUGUUCAUAUUUAUUAGCGAAGUUUGCUUGUCCACAGUGAUCCAUAUACAUGCCAUUUGUGUUUAACGUUCUCUGAAAUGAAAUAAUAAGAUUCACACUCCAUGGACCAGGACGACCACCGGGACCUCCACGGCGACGAUGAAGCCUGCACAUGGUCGAGCUCGAUGGAACAACAAUGCCUCAGUGUGGUGCAGCCGAGUUGGGCCACUCUAGUGCAUCAGGAACUCUGCAUGUUGCUGUCCUUUGUCUCAUCAUCUUAACUACUAUAGUAGUAGGAGUAUUUUAUAUGUUGUUCAUUUCUUGGCCACCCAACAUGUUUGCUAAUCAUCCAUCUGCCUCAUGUUAUAUGAUCCCUACCUAGUAGCUUCAUUGUAUGCAGACUUGUGGUGUUGGUUCAGUUUAGUCAAAUUAAUAUAUAUACUGCUAUGCUGCUACUGCUACUGCUACUGCUACUGCUACUGCUACUGUUGCAUUUAAUCCUGAUUAGUAGCUUCAUCAAUAAGUGGCAAACCAAAACAAUGUUGAUUUUCAUCUUAUCUCUGUGACAACCAAUGGAGUUGAAUUGCAGCAUGCAUGUCAAAGCUGGGUUCAAUUCUUGGGCAAUAUAUGGUACUUUCCACUCUUCACGCCCAAGAUUAGUAUGCUGUAGCUCUCCCUCCUCACUCCAUACAUCCAGGUACUAGUUACCCAACGACCAGCCCUGCACCUCGCUGGAUCUCGCCCAAACCCCGCUCAUCUUGCUGCUUGUGGCAGGGAAUACUCUCUGUUGAAUAUUUUGAGGAAUGAAUAUCUGUUAAGUAUGGAGUUAGGAUUAUCUAAUAAAAUUUCUGCUAUAUAUAUAUAUGCAUGAAACUGAGAUUGCUAGCAUCAUUUACACAAGAUACACCCUUUGAAUUGAAUUGAUUGGUUCAGUUUCGUAUAUUCUUCACCCAGCCUUCUAUCAUGCUUGUAACUAGUGCUCUGCUCAUGUUGUUAGACAGGAUUUUCACUUCCUGCCAUCCCAGCCUUCUUUGCAUGGCAGUAGCACCAGUACCUUGCUGCUGUUGGGAACGGAAGGGAGCUAUUCCAUGCACUGAAUCUAGGGAGAAAAUCACCUUCGGCAUGUACACCAUCACCUUGGGCAUGCUAGUGGCGCUGCUGCUCGGCCUCAACAUGUCCUGGAGUGCCAUUAGCGCCGCCCUCACGCUCAUCUUCCUCGACUUCAAGGACGCUCGCCCCUGCCUCGAGAAGGUAAUUGUCUGUCCAUUCGUCUGCAGUUAACUAAGUUGUGCCCCAUUGAUGUCCUACUACUGUUAAUUGUUACUACCAUGGUGCUGAUGCUAUUCAGAAUAUGAUAUGUGCCUUAAUUCUAAGUUCUGGUCUCUCUUAAGAGACACUUCUAGCUUUUCUGACUCAAAGUUGUUAACUUGGUACUGCAUGAGUUUUACUACUGCUAACACAGAGAGUAUUUACUACUGCCAACACAGAGAUUUUGCAUGCAUGCUACCUGAUGAGUGCUUUCUUUGUAAUAUUUCACCUUCGUAUGCAUAGGUUUAUUCGGUUUGAAUUUUGCAUGACAUGAAAUAGAUAUUUACAGUGUUUUCUCAACUUGUUUUCACUGUCACUUGAUAUAUACUUGCUUGUACUUGAAGCUGUGGGUUAAUGUUGGUGGUUUUGUUCUACUUGGAUGCAUUGGUACCCAUCAUCGAGCGAACGGAUGCAACAACGGCAAGAAGCUCAUGGCUGUGUGCAUCUAAAGCACACCAUGGACACCAUCCACUUCCUCAUCAAUGCUAACUCAAUCCAGAUCAUCGUCGACACUAUCAUCCACAUGAUGACAGAGGAAGCCAUGUUGCUGUUUUGUUUGGUCUCAGCCCUGACUACCGCCGUCGAGCGAGUCCGGCGUGUUGUUCAUCUGACUAUGGUUCCAGCCCUGACUACCGAAGUUUUUGUCCUGUUGAAGUUGCAUAGAAAUAUGAGAGAGUCCAGCGAGUCCAGUGUGUUGUUCAUGACAGGAGCUUGUGAAGUAGUACUAUAUUACACUUGUAGAGCUUGUAAACUAUUGUAUUAUACAUGGCCCUUUGUAAUGGCACAGAUAGAGCUUGUAUUAUGUGAUCUGGUUGCUCUUGUUUAA